AUGGCUACUCGACGAAGGAUUGGGGUCAGCGCGGCGACAACAGAGGCAGCACGGCGACAACUUAUGCAACCAGUACCUUGUUGGGAGAAGGUCUGGAUAACCCCUAGUGGAAUGGCAGCUGGCUCCUCUUCCCUUAAGGUGUUCAAGUGGGUGAAGACAGAAAAGGCUCAACAAUUUAGCGACGACGAGGGUGAAGUAGACGAGCCUUUAGCACCCCUACCUGAUGAACCUGAAGUUAAUGAAGGAGAUGAAGAUCUCGAGCAAGAAGAGCCCAGAGUUGAUGCAGUUCCUGCCAAAGAUGUGGAUAUGGAGACAAACCAAGACGACCCCCCCUCCAAAGUCCCUUCACCUAAACCUCAGUUGAUGAUGCAAUCUGGCGUAGACGAUGAACCUCAAGAUCCUACCGAUGGCCUAGAUUCCACACUGAAGCCACUGGAAAUACCCAUGGACGACGAAGACGAAAAUGGGAACCAGACUGGUGUUGAGGGUCUCGAAUUAGAUAUAUCUAAUCUCGGUCCAGAUGGUUUACAGUUAGAGGGCUCGCAUGACCUCUCACAACUAGAUGGUCCCGACGGGCUAAUUGGAGGCUCUUUGAUGGACGACAGCAUUGAUCCAUUUACCGACACAACAUAA